GUCACUGCCAUCGAGCUCGCCUUGUUUUGGCUGCCGGACAGGAAUCCUCAUGUCGGACUGCGUUUUCUCUCCUGAUAUCGACGGCGACCCGACCAAACACCUCCUCUAGUGGUGAUUUCCUCCCCAUCGUCAGCGCCCUGACCUGACCUGUCUCUUGGUGGUCGGAGAUGUGCAUAUCCCUCGCCUCCCUCUUGGCCAUCGCUUGAUAUUUCCCCGCCUCGACUCGUCACAGAUAUACUGAAUAUCGCUCUACUACAUAUGGCCUCUUCCGGUUCCAAGCUGCCCUCGUGGGAGCAGCAGCGCUCGCUGCAGUCGGCGGCGUCGACCGCAAUGCGACAGGUGUUCCUGCACCGGCCGCGAACCCUGCGGGCCAAGAUCAUCUACCUGGCGGCCUUUGCUUUCUUUUUCUACAUUCUCCUGUCCGCUCGGUUAUUUAAUACUCGACCGAUACCCGACUUCUGGUCCAUAUUCCCCUCCUAUCAUGACGCCGCAAAACGACCAGAGGACUCGCCGAUUCUGCGCCCCAAGAACCCUGUGAUAUUCGCAAAUGGAACGAUUCCGAGCAGUCUGCAGAAGGAAAAUCCCUCUUUCCACGUUCUCCUGCCCGCGACGGACAAGAGCCCCGGUCUAUGCAGGGCGCUCGCCUCGGCCAUGAUCCUGAACUACCCCCCGCCGACGCUGGUUAAUUAUCGGAAGCAACUGGCCGAGGGGUCUACCCCGUACGACUACAUGGUGGACCGGAUUACAAGCGUCUACAACUAUCUGAACUCGGCGUCACACAUGCGCGAUGAAGACUUUGUGCUUAUUACUGAUGGCGUCGAUGUUUUCUUCCAGCUGCCGCCGGAGAUUAUGAUCGGGCGCUUCCAGAACCUGCUGCGCGAGAACAACCUCAAGCUGCGGAAGAAGUACGGCUUCGGGGCCGUCGCCCGUGGAGACUCCGACCAGGUGGAUUGGGUACAGAAGUACUCGCAGCGCGUGCUCUUCGGUGCGAGCAAGGCUUGCUUCCCUAAUCUCACGCAUGACGCCGGCUGCUCCUCCGUCCCCGAGUCGACGCUUCCGCCGGACGUGUACGGCUGGGAGACCGAUACCGAUUCUGAUGGGCAUCUGAAUCGCCCGCGCUUCUUAAACCCGGGCGCGGUUAUCGGUCAGGUAGCGGACCUGAAACUCAUUUAUGCCCAGAUGCUCGAGAUAGUCAGCCGGCGUCGCAACCGGAUGGGCGACUUCCUGGCGCUCACGCAGAUGUACGGACGCCAGGAGUACGUGCGCGAACUCGAGCGGCGGCGCACAACCAACAGCUUCAUGCAGUGGGUGUACCGCACCCUUGGCAUCUCUGAUGAGGCGCACAUGACGGGGAUCACGACGAAUCUCCAAGCCGGCCGGCGCUACGAGUUCGGCAUUGGAGUGGACUUUGAGUCCCGCGUCUUCUUCAACAUGCAGCAGUCCGAGGACGACAUCGAGUGGCUCCAGUACAACAACAUCUCCAAGACCUCCAUGGUGCAGAUGGAACACAAGGUGCCUCGGGAGCACCGGCUGCUCCUACCCCGUGAUCUCGCCUCUGGUUUUGAAAGCCCCUUUACCCUCCCGCAAUACAUCAAGGACGUCCCGCUAAAACCGCCCUACAACGGCACUGUCGACGCGCUGCCAGAUCCCAGACAGUACUCCUGGCACAACUUCCCGCUGAUGACCAACAUCCACUCGGGCGCCGUUCCGCCACUCAUCCAUCUCAACAACCACAAAGAACAGUCGCUGAAAGACGACUGGUGGGAAAGCAUGUGGUACCAACCAUGGGGGCGGGCCCUCCUGCGCAAAUACAUCCGUUUUCCGCGCGGCCGAGUCGACGCACACGCCUCAUCCCUCGGCGGCCAGGACUGGUGGGACAUGCGCGGCGGCCGCGGCGGCGUCUGGACCAACACGGGUGAAUGGAUCGACUUCUCCGACCUGUGCACGGGCUUUGAGCGCGACCUCUUCAGCGACGAUCUUGGCACCUGGGGCCAGGAGGACGGCGGCGAGUUCGAAAAGCCCAUUUAUAACCAAUGGGGGAACAAGAUCAAGGGCAAGGGCCCCGAGAACAGAGAUGAUCUCAAGGAGUAGAAAUUUCUUUUGCCUUUCGAAGCAAACCUUUCUGCUGUCGAGCGAAUCUUCGUUCACCUGCUACUACUGUACAUCCUAAAAUUUUUUUGCCCUUGGCCCGGUUUGGAGUUUUGGAGUCUUAUGGCCACCGCCAUAACUAUACCACCUGCUGAUACGUGUACAUAACGAUUUAUAUAGAAGAAGAACAUUGUUUCAAAGG